GCUCGGGAGGCGGAGGAGCACCCUCAACCAGCCUUACGACAAUUGACGCCGACGAUGCACAACGGCGAUAGACAGCUCCAUUCCUCUUUGGUCUCGCCCCGCCUCUCUCCACGAAUAUUACCUCGGGCAGCGAUACAACUUCGGUAACAACUUUUGUUUUUUUAAAUUGGUGUUUACUUCGCCAUCCGCCCCAGAACAUCGCAUCCACGCCGCCGGCCGCCGACUGCCGACCGCCGUCUUUGUCAAAUCACUGCACGGUCAGCGGCAAUCCCUGCCGGUAGGCCAAGGCUGCCUUGCACACAAUGGCAACUUCGGGCCGCGCAAUACAGUAUACGAUCCCCGCAAGGGAAGACUUCAACAAGCUCCCCGACGAGCAAAAAACACGAAUCAACGAGGCAUUCGACCUCUUCGACUCAAACAAAGACGGCCUGCUCUCGUACGAAGAAUUCCGCUUCGUGCUCCGCGCGCUCGGCUUCGAGCUGCCCAAGCCGCAGACAUACGACCUGCUGAUCCGGCACGGGCAGAAGCCGGCCAACUGGCCGCACGACCAGGAGUGCGCGCCCGUCUACCGCCUGUUUAACCUGCCGACGACGCAGGCCCUCGCGGGGACGCUGAUCCGGGCGCGCGACCCGCGCGAGGAGCUGCGGCGCGCCUUCCGCUUGUUCGAUACCGACGGCAAGGGUAUGAUCACGCAGGACGACCUGAGGAGGGUCAGCAAGCAGGUCGGGAAUAACAUACCGGAUGCCGACAUUGUGGCCAUGAUCGAGGAGUUUGAUGCCUCCGGGAAAGGCGGGGUAGACGAAGACGAGUUUUUGAGGCUGAUGUUGUCCAAAAAGUGAAGGCGCUUGUGUCCUUUGUC